GAGUUGACAAGGUAGAUAGAUUGAUAGACCAAGGAGAUGGAAGCAGGAAUAAGGGGAAACCCCAGAAUAAGCACCGUGCCAUACAUGUCCGGCCCCUCUUAUCUGGCCCUUCGCCCCGGCGCAUCGUAUCCCACGAUAAGGCCUGCCAGCCACUAUCCACCAUAUGGCUUAGACUGCUCUGGAGCGUCAUCGGCUCCGGCCGACGAUGCGGCUUGCAUCGCCUAGGUUUCCGUUCUCCUUCUUCCUUUCUUGUUUCUCUUCUCUACCCCUCCUCUUCAUCCGUAGUUCGUGAAGUUAUCGUGCUCUGACUACGCACCUCGCGUUACUGUUUCUCAUCGUGGAAGAUCGUUUCGAAGUAGCGGUCUCUCGCCCUCGGAGCCCAUCUUAACUCGCACAGGCCUCGGAGAACACCGUAGUUCUCGCCAUGACCGUCACACACACCUCCAACGUAGGGCCGCUCACCGUCCUCGUCUCGACUCGAGCCGUCCUCACUCUUCCGGACAACUCUCUUGUUCUCUCUCCGGCGACCAUAUGCAUAUCUCCCGAGCUUGGCAGGAUUGUCUCUGUUCUGCCUGAAGUCCUUCCCGCCUCGGUCUUCCCUCCCAGCGCUACCUAUGUAGACCACUCUCCUAAGCUGUUGCUCCCGGGACUCGUGGAUGCUCACGUCCACCUGAAUGAACCUGGACGAACAGAAUGGGAAGGAUUCUGGACUGGAACUAGAGCGGCGGCAAGCGGCGGCGUCACCACCGUCAUCGACAUGCCGCUGAAUGCCAUCCCACCCACGACUACUCUCCAAGGAUUCGAAGAGAAGCUCAAGGCCAGUCGCGGCCAGUGCUGGGUAGACGUAGGCUUCUAUGGCGGCGUUAUUCCUGGCAAUGCAGACGAGUUGAAACCCCUCGUAGAGGCCGGUGUUAGGGGAUUCAAGGGCUUCCUCAUUGAAUCCGGCGUCGACGAGUUCCCUGCCGUGUCCGCCAAAGAUGUGGCAUUGGCCAUGGAGACACUCAAGGAUGAACCAACCACUCUGAUGUUCCAUGCCGAGAUGAUCCCUCCUAUUACCGAUUCCGUUGGUGAUGCCGUCCAGACGUCUGAUCCUCCUGCGGCUCCCAAAGGCGAAUUGACCGCCUACAGCACAUUCCUCGAAUCGAGGCCUCCUUCUUUCGAGACCUAUGCCAUUGAGGAAAUCCUCGCACAUGCCCACAUCGCCCCGUCGCUUCACCUCCACAUUGUCCAUCUGUCGGCAACGCAAGCGAUUCCCAUCCUCAAGGCUGCCCGCCAGAGGGGAAUCAACAUCACGGCUGAGACUUGCUUCCAUUAUCUGGGGCUAUCAGCUGAAGAGAUUGAAAAGGGCGACACAAGACACAAGUGCUGCCCUCCCAUCCGUGAGGCUAACAACCGGGACGGCCUUUGGGAAGAGCUGGUGGCCGACGACUCGUGCAUUCGUACAGUCGUCUCUGACCACUCGCCUUGUACCCCUCAGCUGAAGCUGCUGCCCGACCACCUCGAGAGACCUGGAAUCCCGCAUUCGGAUUCUGGACUAGAUGUCAACAGCCCCAAGGACCAGCCGCCAACCAAGACGGUUGCCCGCGGUGAUUUCUUCGCUGCUUGGGGUGGCAUCUCUUCUGUCGGCCUCGGCCUGCCUAUUCUGCAUACAGCUGCUAAGCAGAGAUCUGAGACCUCCAAGGUACCGACCAUCACCGACAUGGUCCGCCUCUGUUGUCAAGCAACCGCCGAGCAGGUCGGUCUCGCACACCGCAAGGGCGCUCUCAAGGUUGGCAUGGACGCCGACAUUUGCGUUUUCGACGACACGCACGUCUGGACCUUUACUCAAGGCGACAUGCGCUGGAAGAACCGCUGCUCACCCUGGCAGGGCCACAAAUUCACCGGUCGGGUCAUGGAGACGUGGCUUCGUGGCCGCAAGGUGUUUGAUCUGGAGGCUCCCGGCGACGGCUUUGUCGCUGGCAAGCCAUUUGGCGAGUCCAUCACCGAGAAGAGAACUUUGUAAACGAUACGAAACACACGAGUCUAUGAUUUUGUCAAUGCCUUUGAUUAGGAGCUGGGGGGCGUGCGCAAACGGAUAGAGAUCAGAGUAGAUGGCAUAUUUGAGUGCGAGCGGGCGGGCGUUUUUGGCAUAUUGUAUUUGUUUUUCGGCAUACUUGCAUUGCACGUACAUGGGUUGCAUUUGUUCAGGCAUAGAGAGUGUUGAGGAGAUUUCCGAGAUUUAUGGUAGUAAUAGCAUUCGAUUCGGUGAACCAGGUAAAGAGUGCAGAAUCCUAAAUCCAUU